AUGGCUCCGGCUGCCAGUUCCAACCGCAGAGACAACGGUGCGGAGGCCCUCGGGUCAAAGUACAGCACGUUAAACCAGAGUUUCUGGAACGAACGGGCGCCAGCGCAUGCCACAUCGCCCGAAUACGCCCUCGACCGCUUCGUGUCGGAGCCCACGUACCUCAGCAGCAUCGUCGAGUUCGACCGGCCCUUGCUCGGCGACGUCUCCGGACUCGACUGCGUCCACCUCCAGUGCCACAUCGGAACCGACACCCUAUCCCUCGCCCGGCUCGGCGCCCGUUCCGUGACAGGGCUCGACGUCUCCGACGAGAGCAUCCGCCAGGCGCGCCUGCUGGCGCAGAAGGCGCUGGAGAGCGGGGGGCGGGAGCUGCGUUUCGUGCAGGCGGACGUGUACUCGGCGCUCGGCGCCUUGGGCCCGGGAAGCUACGACAUGGUGUUCACUGGCAUUGGGGCCCUCUGCUGGCUCCCGUCCAUCUCCAGAUGGGCCGAGGUGGUGUCCGGGCUCCUGAGGCCCGGCGGCCGGCUGUUCCUCCGCGAAGCUCACCCAGUGCUCUGGACCCUGGACGAGGGCGACGCCGGGGGCCUGAGCCUCAAGCACCCGUACUUUGAGAGCGCCGAGCCCGUCCUCCGCGACCAUUAUGACAGCUACGUGGAGACGGACGCUGACGGCGGGUUCGAGAACGUCAUCACGGGCGAGUUUAACCACGGCCUGGGCGAGAUCGUCCAGGCUCUGCUGGACGCCGGGAUGCGGAUCACGGGCCUGAAGGAGCACGACAGCCUCCCCUGGAAGCACUUGUCAGCACACAUGAAGAGGCACGAGAACGGGGAAUGGAUCUUGACUGAGAAGCCAGAGAGGUUGCCGCACUCGUACACUUUGCAGGCCUGGAAACCUGCGUGA